UAAAUUUACGGUUAAAUAAUACUUAAAGGUGACGUCAGAGAAAUCCACAUUCCUGACAACGUACGUUGGUCUGCAAAAUGAUCAUAAUUUGGGCCACAGCGGGUACACAUACUACGGAUCAGACCAACAAAUUCCAGAUCUAAAGUUAUCAACAUGUCAGUAUUUAGACUUAAACAUCACUACCUGUGAUUCGAACUACAAAACACUAAAGAACCGAGCAGGUUCGUUGAUAGUCCGAGCAUGGGUUGGAGUGACCCUGAGAAAUAACAUUCUGUCCUUCGUAAGCUACCUAUUGCACCAAUUAAAAGAAAAAUUUAGCGAGGAUGUCGAUACUAGUUUGUUCAUAAUUUAUGAUGAAUUGCGCAAAAAUCACAUUCGCACAAUGGAUUUUUUACCAAAACUAAAAGGCAUUUCCAGGCUAGACAAGGGAACCCAAUUGGUAGCGUUGUUCAAGAAUCUGCAAGAGGUGAUGCAGCCGUUUUGCAAAAGCGAACUGGAGUUACUAGCAAGGACAAUGUACAAGAUGAAGACCAGCGGCGAUAGAGCCGACCAUAAUAUUUUUGCCUACAACAAAAAUGGCACGAAGAUAAAGUAUCAUGAGAUAGACAUGUUCACAGACAUAGGCUACCAAACGAUGCUGCUUUUACAAUCUAAGACAGUUUACAAGCCUGCUGAGAAAGACUACGAAAUCAACAGGUCAUUUGGUCGGGAAUUUUCUGCACUUUUUCAUCUGAUCAAAAACGGAAAGAUUCUUCUAACUCAACCAGUCUUGGCAGCAUUGACAGCAAAUAUGAAGUUUGUAGACCUUCCAGCUGACCAAAUUGAGGACCUGAGGUUCCUAAUUGACGUGCUGAGAGGCAACAAAAUAAAAAAUUGGUCACCAGAAUUGAUUGGAUCAGCACAUAUGAGGAAUCCGCAAGUUUUAAUUGAUAACAUGUUCCGAUCUCUGGCGAGCAACAAUGACGUAGAUCCUCUAGUAAGUGAUAUAGCCGCUGGUUUGCAAGGUAAGUUGCAAAGAACUUACAGAUCCUACAUGACGAAGGUGAUGGAGCCGUUUUUUGGCGAAGAAGAACUUAACAUUACUUUGGUAUUCAAGGUGAUGCGGGAAAAUGUGCAGAAUGAAAGCAGUGUGGAUUUGUUGAAGAAGUUGUUCGAUGAUAAAACUAUCAACGCUUUUUACGCCAUGAAAGGUUUCGUAAGAUAUUACUUCAAUACGCCGGUGAAAUUGGUGAUUGGAUUUCUGAGACGGUUGCAAUUGAGAGUGCCAAUUAAUAACGAGAUUAUGGGUUUGAUCAGUAGUAUCAUUAAUGAACUCUCGAAUUCUAGUACCGCGCAUUCUAAAGAUUGUUCUCGUUGUCUAAAAGGCAAUCAAUAUAAUGGUAAUCAUCGCCAGGAUGAUGGAAAGAAAGAUAGCUCCCAAAAAAGUGAAGAUAAUCGUCAAAAGGAUGAUGAUGGAAAGAAUCAUAGCUCUCAAAAAGACGAUAAGAAUGAGAGCUCUCAAAAAGAUGAUAAUAAGAAAGAUAGCUCUCAAAAAGAUGAUAGUAAUCGUCAAAAAGAUGAUGAUAAGAAAGAUAGCUCUCAAAAAGAUGAUAGUAAUCGUCAAAAAGAUGAUGGUGAGAAGAAAGAUAGCUCUCAAGAAGCUAAAGAUGGUAAUAAUCGUCCAGAGAAUAGUGAAGGAAAGAAAGUUCGCCAAAAAAAUCGCUCGCAAAAAGGACAUGAAGAUCCUAGUGACUAUCAAAGCUUUGAUGAUGAAAAAGGAGACGAAACAAAAUUGGAUAACAUAAGCAAGCGGCAAUUAUACAGAAUUAAAAAUGAGCUGAUCAAACCUAGAUUGCCUAUUAACCAAGUUUGCAAUCGUUUCAAUGAAUUGACGACUCCAUCAUUCCGUUUCAAUAUUAUAGGAAAUCUAACCAGCAAUUGCCUGGAGCCGGCAAUGCCUUCGAUGAACUGGUUCAAAAAUAUUGAUCAGCCAGCUUAUAAUUUUGUCUUGAAACCUCUGAUAGCUCAAGCCAGUACGUUUUUGAGUGAGUUCAUUGAUGAGAAUGAUGAAAUAGGUCAGCUUAUUGAAGAUGUGCUUAUCAACGUAACGCAAAGUGCUUCUAGGAGAGUUAUUUUGAAGGCUGUAAGUUAUCCAGGAUCAGUACGCCAACUGUUGACAGUUUUGUUUAAGAAGAUGAUUAACGUUAACAAGGUACGUGCAAGGAGUUUGAUUUAUUUUGAGGUGAUAAAGAUAUAUUGCAAGUUGAUAAACGACCAUGAUAAUCGAAGUCACGCUUUUGAUGCAUCACUGUUCAAAUUGGAUGAUCCCGUACGAAACAACUCGAUUGAUCAAUUCAAAAGUGUUGUGAGUUUUUCACUGCAGAAGCUGAUUGACGGCUAUAAUGUUUCAAGUCAUUCGGCGAUUUUUUGGAACAAUUACACGACAAAUCGGCUACUGAUUAGUGAUUUAUGUCGUGUUUAUCUAACGCAUCGAGAUGUUGUAGGAAAUGAUCGUUUGUUCAAUGAAGUAGUCUUUAUUUUGCACUCUGUUUAUCAUGUUCCGGUGAGAUUUGCAGACCUGCUGAGUAUUUAUACAGCGAAAACGGUCUACGAAAUAAGGAACUUAAACUUGGCACAAGAUUUGUUGAUGAAGCCCAACAUGAUGCAGAUGCUGGGCGAUGAUUUUGAUCUGGGCAGGUAUCCUACCAAGGGUGCUAUGCUGAAAGCUGUCUUUAUAAGGCUGAAAAAUCAAGAUAUUGUUAGGAGGAAUGCCACGCUAUUGACUUCAGUGGAAUCGCAGCUCAGGGAGAUAACUUGCGAUGGUCACUGGAUGGAAUCUUCUGAGGAGAUUCUAGCAGAAGCUUUGACUGAUCAGGUUGACCUUGACAAGGUUUUUGACUUAGGACUUGAUGAAAAAAAGCUUUCGCCCAAUGUCAAAAAUGCUUUUCUCAACAUGUGGAAUUGGUAUGGCGGGAUUUUCAAUCCGAUAAAUUUUAUAAAGAAGAUGAAUAUCAGUGGGUAUGAUACGAGGUCAGCGUUUAUUCAAGGAUUUUUGAAUAGUAUCACUCAGAUUGUUGCUGAUGACUAUGUGAAGGUUAUUGAGGAUGUUAAGCUCAUGCGAUCAGCUGUUUUGGAAUCUGGAAAUGGCUUAGAUCCAAUUGACUUUUUAUAGAUUC